AUGGAACCUGGGGAAUUCGCUCAAACGGACGGUAUGGCUGAGGACGGGCCACCUCCUCUGGUCAAUCUCGAGUUGCCCCCGCACUCAUACGUCUCCCAGUCACUCGACAUAGACUUCAGGGAGACUUCUUUCUUCAGCAAGAAAGGCAUGGAGCUCCCUUCACCGCUCGAAGUCUACGCCAGACAGGGAGAAUGGGCCGGAGAACGCAUCGCGAUGUUCGAGGAGCUCAAUCUCGUGGUCAAGUUGGGUAUCCCCCAAGAUGGCCGGCUGGAGGAGGCUCUCACCAUGCAGGCGCUGCGCAAAGCCUUCCCUGGCGGCGAGGUCCCUGUUCCCGAAGUCUUUGGGUGCAGAACCCACAAUCGCACGCAUUUUAUCUAUAUGAGUCUCAUACCAGGCAUCUCCUUGUCCAAGGCCUGGGAUGAACUAAAUGCAGAUGAUAAGGUGUCGAUCUGCAACCAGUUGGGCGGCAUUCAAUCACACUUGAUGAGUCUCUGGCAGGGCUCAUCAGAAGAGUUCGUGGGAUCCAUCACCAGAGGACCACUCCAUGAUCGCUUUUUCCGUGACCACCCACUCCUAAUGGCGAAUUCGGGCCCAUUUGACAGCGUCAAAUCGUUCAACGACUUUUUUCAAUACGCCAUGCUCCCAAGAAUUCCUCUGGCUGAUCGGCAGUUCGAGGAUCCCUGCCGGCAUCUGCUUAGUGACGACUGCGCGAUUCGCUUUUGCCAUGGCGACCUGCACUUCGGAAAUGUCAUGAUAUCAGACGAUCCAUCGCAGCCACGGACGGUGACGGGUGUCAUAGACUGGGAAGAGGCCGGGUGGUUACCGGAGUAUUGGGAAUACUGCAAGAUGCGCUUAGUUAUUUGUCAGGAGACAAAGUUUUAUGAUGACGUUGUGGGAUCUGGUGGCCUCAUCGACAGGAUCCUGCCAGAGAGACAUGAGGAUGAGUUGGAGGCCGUUGCGCAGUAUUGGCACUGGCGAGGCUGUUGCACCGUUCUGCAUUGGAAGAUAAUGUUCCUCAACAUCGCUUGCUUCAUAGGGUCGGCGCUGGCUGUUGCAUCGUCUGCGACGCGAUCGCCGGACAGCUACAGCGAUGCUCAUUUCGACUACGUAAUCCUGGGCGGGGGUACUGCUGGCAUGGUGAUCGCGAACAGACUGUCCGAGAAUCCGAAUAAUACUGUCCUCGUCGUCGAGGCCGGUACAUUUCAAUACGAUAAUCCCCUUGUCACGAACACCACUGUGUUGGGCAUAGCCAGGAACACUGAUGUCGAUUGGCAAUACGAGAGCGCGCCGCAGAUUUAUGCUGCCAACCAAACCAUCGCAUGGAGUGCGGGGAAAGGCCUCGGUGGCUCGAGUCUGAUCAAUGGGAUGACGCAUAUCCGCCCGGCCAGCUCUCAGAUGGAUCUCUGGCCUUCUUUGGGUCUGGACCUCGACUGGAACAAGCUGUUUGCAUAUGGAAAGAAGUACGAACGCUAUACUAUCCCUCCACCGAGCAUUCAAGCCCUAGGGGGAAGAUAUGUUGCGGCAUACCAUGGCUUCGAUGGUCCUCUGGAUACCUGCAUCAGCAAGCAUAUGUCCUCCAGCGAUAUCCAUACUGUGUUCAACGAUACAAUGAAGAAUGUAGGGAUUCCGCCAAUCGCGGAUUUUGACGGGGGAGAGCUGAGAGGGUUUGGGUGCCAGGCCGUGACUCAGGACAGCGCGUUGGACGUACGAGAGGAUGCUGCCAGAGCAUACUAUUAUCCGGUCCAGGAUCGUGAGAACCUCCAUGUCAUGGUCAAUACGACGGCUGCUCGCAUUAUCUGGUCUGAGAACAACGAGGACGGGAAGGCAGUUGCCUUGGGAGCCAGCGUGGUCCGCCAGGACGGCCAGAUAUCAACCAUCUAUGCUGAUCGCGAAGUCAUUCUUUCGGCGGGCGCUAUCAGGAGCCCGGCAAUCCUGGAGUACUCUGGUGUCGGAAACCCAUCAGUGUUGUCGAAAUACAAUAUUAGCACCACAAUCGACCUACCGGCCGUAGGUGAGAACUUCCAGGAUCAGACCGUGCUUCGUGUCACGGCCAACUUCAUCAGCCGAAAUGAGACGGGAUUUCCGAACUUCGUCUCCUUUACAUCAUUGCAAGAUAUUUUCGGCGACAACACCACGUCGGUGUAUGACACGGCUAUAGCACAGCUCCCGGCUUAUGCUGAGCAAAUCGCAGCGCAGAAUGGAGGAGCAAGCAGCGCCAGCGCUCAACAUCGCCUGCUCAAAAGCCAGUUGGAUCUCCUUUACGACUCGAAUACACCAACCUCCGAGGUCAUACCUUUAGCCGUGGGGAACCUUGUCGGUGUCGUCUUCUGGCCUCUGCAACCGCUCAGUCGAGGAAGUGUGCACAUUAUCAGUGAAAACGAUACCACGCCGCCAUCCAUCAAUCCCAACUUUUUCCAGUCGGAGUUUGACGGUCUAGCUGCGGUGCAGACGGCGAGGUUCAGCCGCAGAGUGUUGACCACCGCGCCGCUGUCGGACCUUGUUGACCCGGCAAGUAUCUCACCCAGUUUCGAAGAAAUCCCGGAGGAUGCGGGCGAUGAGUUAUGGCUCAACUGGCUCAAGAACUCGUCCUUCGGGCCCAAUCACCAUCAUCUCGGCUCGUGUGCCAUGUUGCCUCGGGAUAUGGGAGGCGUGGUGGACAACAAUUUCACGGUCUACGGAACAAGUAACGUGCGUGUCAUCGAUCUGAGCGUGAUUCCACUUCAGGUAGCCGGCCACUCGACAGCAUUACUAUAUGCUGUCGCAGAGUGGGCCGCAACAAAGUUUACAUAA